AUGAGAGCUCUCGAUAGAAUUGACUCAGACCCACAAGCAAAAUGGCACCAGGAGCAUGGACCUGUUCUAGGCUACUUUAUAGGCAACAUUUCCGCCUUCGCAGUAGCUGAUGCACAAAUGGUGAGACAGAUAGAAAUUAAGGACUUCAUCGAUUUCACAGAUCGCCCGCGUUGGAAACGUGUCAGGUCCAAGCUGACGCCUUCAUUCACCUCCAACGAACUCAAAACUGUGACCAGUAGUAACGACGGUAAAAUCCCUGUUUGUAUGCGUAAUCAAUAUCCUUAUCUUGCUACCUGCUAUUGCAUGAAAAGGUUAAUUGAGGUGUCUUCGAUCCUCAGAUACGAGACGACCAGCAGCAGUUUAGCCUUCAUCACAAAAGAGCUCCUGCGAUUUCCGGACGUACAAGGGCGCUUCCGCGACGAACUAAUUCAGCUGACUACGAACGGUCAAGUGUUCGAUUUCGAAUGUUUACAGAGGUGCCAGUGUAUGGUGGCAGUUAUUCAGGAGACGCUUAGGAUGAACCCGCCCACAUGCGGGGAACUAACAUAUCAAACAUACCCCAAUCUGAGUCUGGGUCUGAGCACUUCGGUUCACACUUUGCGCCACACAGAAGACUACUUUCGCGAGGCACACACGUUCCGGCCCUGGCGCCUUUUCCCGGAAAACCGUCCGUCGUUGGUGACUAACGCCUGGCAGCCGUUCGGUGCGAGGCCAUGUAACUGUAUCAGAACGCGUUUCGCUCAUAUGGAAAUCGAGGUAACUCUCGCCAAGUUUCUCACGCGAUACAGACUUAUUGCAGAUCCGAUGGAUGAUCGAAGUAAUGACGUCAAACAUUGUCCUCAGCGUAUCAAGAAACCGAUAAAUUGCCUCGUCUUUCGAUUUUUGCCAGCAUUAAAACUUUCUUAAUAAAAAUUAAAGGAAUAAUAUAAAAAAUAUAUUUAGUUUUUUUAGUGAUUCGGCGAUAAUAAAUGUGACAGUGAUAACUAACUGGGUGGU